AUGAAGAGAGAUGCAACUUACGCUUGUGACAAGCGAUGGUAUGUUUUGCCUCUGGAGGUUGAGACUGUACAGGGUGUCGAUCGCAGAAUGGGUGGACCAACGGGUUUCAGGAGACGGGGAAAUUGGAGGAUUAAAAGGAAAGGGAGAGAGGGAGACGAAGGGGCAGAGAGAAGUGAGGUUCGCUGGCCGGGAAAAGUGGGAGAUUGGCAACGAAACGGGGGGGAGGAUUGGGCUGCUGAUCCCUGGGCGGCCAGGGGAAAGGGUGGGAACCGCCGUGCCCAGAACAGUGACCAGCCAAAGUGGCCAUUCCAGAGAGAGGCCGCAGCCUCACCAAUGAGCGCCCGGAGCGCAUUGUUUUGUGCGCCAGAGUGGUCAGCACAAAGGGGUUGCUGUGGAGGCCGCUAUACCGCUAGCGUUGCACUGGUGCUCGUUAGCGUGGUCGGCAUUGUCCAGGGGGCUCCAGGGCAGGGCAGUGAGACACAAACAACAAGAAGCCACCCUGUUUAUUUGCACCAUCCUCGGCCAGCUUUACAUAAUCGCGGUGGAGAAUGGCUGACGGUCGCUGGCUUGAAGGGUGGAUGCUCGCCUGGCCGACGUGGACGCAUCAUCAGGAUGUGGAAAUUAUCGCGAUGCCCGACCGCAUCGUCUUACACUGUCGAAGGAAAUCAGAACAACAGCGGUCAGGUAGCUCCAUACCAUGCGGUUAUAUCUGCCGCCGUCAGGUCGAAUGCCGAAUUUACGCAUCUGUCCAAGUGUUUCCCUCUCACGUCCUACGAUCACCGUUUCCCUGUCUUCCCUUGCGAAGUUUGUUCCUGGCUGACCCGUCCCGGUGCUCAGGAACACCAAUCAGAGCCUGCGAAUCCCCGCUGCUUGGCACAAAACGUUUUUGUUCUGAAUUUGGUGGCGGUUGGUAGUUAUGAUCUUGCUACAAGGCACGAGACCAGUUGGAAAAACCACACAAUCCCUGACAUGUGGCAUGCUACCAUUCAUGCAGGUACCGAAGGCAUCAAUACAGAACAACCACCGUCCCGCAGACCGCUCUCGUUGCACGUUCCCACGUUGCCGUCCAUGAGAGGCCGAGAUAUGUGCUCUCUACUCAGUAUUUAUGUCUCCAUCGCGGAUCUGCUCGCGAGAACAUCCAGACCCUGA